AUGUCCCGCUCCUACCGCGACCCCCAGACCGAACACAUGGUCCGGCAUACGCACGAUCUGCGCGACGGGUGCAUGAAUGAGCCGGCGGGCGGCGAGACGGCUCAGGAGCGCGCGCAGAACACACCCAAGCAGGUGUCAGAACAUAACGGCACUGAGCUAAGUCCCAAUAACAACAAAUGGGGCACCCAAGUUUUUAGCUCAGUGGUCCAACAGCAGGAACCCAUCGGCGAGGCGCUCUGCCCAUCGCACCUACAGGGCGGGGAGAAGAACGCGCCGGCGCCGGCGCCGGUAGCGGUGCCGACGCGCGGGGCCAAGAUUGACGAUGCUGGCGAGGGCAGGGCGCAGGAGGGCCUGGCGAGUCCCAGUGGGAAGGGCAGCCAGGGGGUUGGAGGGCUGGAGGGCCAUGCGUCGAAGAUGGGCGGAUCAUAA